UUUGGCAGGGAAAAUGCAUGCUGUUUGAAUCCUUGCUCUCGACUCCUGGAGAAGCGCUUUGCUCGAUGUUUGCUAGACGCUCGUUCCGUUGUUUGAGGUAUCCAGGGAUAGUGGUAACUGUUAGUUUGUACAGCUGACCUUCGUGGUGGAUCACUGGGGACGAUCUGCCAACGACAGCAAAUGGCUGCCAAGCUGGCACGGCGGCACCGUUUUCUACUUUGGAUUUCCCAGCUAAUCCUUCUACUUUCCAGCUACCCGUCAUCAGGAUUGGCCGUAUCACUUACAGGUGUUGUGGGUGGAUACCACGUGACCGUCUUGAAUGACACUACCAAAAAUGAGCCAGUCUACGGGAUUUCUUGGACUACAGCCAAUGCCAGCUGCCCAACUGGCAACACUCUACUGCCGGCAAGUGGCAUUAGAGCCAACAGCAGUCUAGCAUUCUUCUCAAACCUUCGAACAGCACUCCAGCUACCGGAGAUCACUCUGUUUGCCAGCGGUACAGACACCUACCGCAGUUCUAGCGACAACUUCACCAUCAGCCAUGCUGUUACGUCUUCUGCACCCGCCAAGCAUAUGACUGCUUGCUUUCGUGAUAUAGAUGAAUGCCGCAGUGGAAAUCACACCUGCGUCAGCGGACAGGGAUCCUGCCAGAACACCGUGGGUUCCUACCUCUGCACCUGUGCAUCCGGCUGGACUGGUGCAAACUGCCACACCAACCUCAACGAAUGCCUGCUAGGCAAUCCCUGUGGCAGCGGUGGCACUUGCGUUGAUGAGCCGGGUAGCUACACAUGUGCCUGUCACGCUGGCUGGACAGGUGAGCGUUGUAAAGUCGACAUUGAUGAAUGCCGCAGCCAGGACAUCAUCGCUGGUGGUGCCGAGCAGCCCUGCAAGAACAGUGGACGGUGUCAGAACAGUAACGGAGGCUUCACCUGCGUUUGCACGCCGCAAUGGACUGGUCCUACAUGCGCAGUAUCGAACUCGGGCAAUGGCAAUGGCAAACUAACAAGUUCUGCCUUCGACAUCACCGUGUUUGGAGUCGUAGUCGCCAUACUCUGUAUACUGAUUCUCGUAGCCGCCCUCGUCCUGUGCAGAAUGAAGCACGUUGAGCAGGUCAACGCGCUCCGUUUUGACGGAAGACAUGCCACGAACUCUGCACACCAAGGCGAGGUCAGCCUCAGCCCGAAGGCGGAUUCCGUGUACGAUGGCAUGUAUCAUUCUUUCAGUGAAACGAGCAAAACGGAGUCUAGUACGGAUCCAGAACCAGAGUCCACCUUGACUCAGGCUGCCGGUGCUUCAGCCUUUUUCUUCAAGAAGCGAGGCGGCAAGUUCCGCGCCUCAACGGCCGAAAGCAGAAGUUCAGUCAGCUCCGAGUGCAGCUUGAUAUCCCCUAGCCAGCUGAGUGUGCGAGGCUCGUCCAUCAAGAGCAGGGGAUCGCAAUCCAGCGGUGCCAAGCGGAUGUCGAAACUGGCCAUUGCGGAUGGGUCGCCGAAUGCUAUGCUGUCAGACGGCGAGGUUAUUGCGGAGGGCAAGGAGCUAGAGUCACCAGCAGAACUGGAGAGCAAUCAUCUUUGCCGCAUAGGGAGCGAAAUGAGCACGGGUUACCAGGUGUCGCGGCGCUCACUGCGGCAGACGAACAGCAGCAAGGCAACUACUCCUGCUGCUGCUGCUGGCAAUCAGCACAACGCAAACAAGACGGUGGCACAUCGGCUGGCGGCCGCAGGUCCCGUUGCCACGGCCACCGCCGACACCGGUGAAUUGUUCAAUGAGGAGUACACGUGCCUGGACGUGAACACCCUCAGCGUGGCCCCCUCCGCCAUCACCACCCCCUGCCCAUCACCAGCACCUCAGCAGUGCGGUGGGUCCAGUGAGUAUGACCACGCGCAGGUCCGCACGGCGCUCUCGCACUCGGCUGUUGCUACUGCUGCGCCCGGGAACACGGGGGAAACCUACGAUGCUGUAGAUGUUGUGGCAAACGCUGAGGAAACGUACGAUGCCGUGGAUGGCCUGGCGGUCGAUACCGACGCGUGUCAUUCUCGCGUGCACCGCGCCAGCAAUGCCACAACCGUCAUACCGCUCUCACCGCCAGAUACGUACAGUUUGGCAGACACGUCUCUUGGUGCCACUGGUACUCAAUCGAUAUUGGUCAGCGAAGAUUUGUACGAUUGCAUUCCACUGGACACGUCUGCAGUGGUGAAGACUAACCGCCCAGCUCACCAGGGACACGAGGAGGAACCGGAGCAGGAAUCCUAUGACGCUGUCUACAACCUUGGUGUUGUUACCACCCCGGAGAGAGCCGCCAGCGACAAGGUUGCCAAGAAGCCGGCCACCGAGAGCGCAGCCGACGAGGAAGCGCUCUACCAAGACUUGCCCAUAAGCCAGCCACAACAACAACAGCAGCAACAACAACAACAGGAAGAAGCAGAGUAUUUUACUGUUGAUAGUCAAUCCAGGCUGUUGCUGCACUCAGGACCUAGAUCAGCGGCGGCAGGCCCAGAGCAAGGAGAUGAGGACUGGUACCACCAGCUGCCAUCCAGUCCACCACAAGACUCCCUACUGACGGCAGACCAGCGAUUCGAUAGCGCUGCAAGCGGUUCACACAUUACUUUCUGGGAAAACGGUGACGAGCAAUCAGAGAAGCAGCAGCAGCAGCGGAAGCAGUUACAAGCGAAAAAGAGUGCCCCUACUGUGCCUGCUCCAAGGGCCCAGUCAGUGAAAGGCAAAACACAUCUAAGCACCAAGACCAGUCUGCCGGUGAUCACAGCGCCGGCGUCGCCUGCUGGUGCUCUAUCCCGCCAGUAUCGCAGUAUACGCAGAGCUGUCAAGAAGGGCUGAGCGAGGAGCAGUGCGACACCACGACUGGUCACAUCUCCAGCCGGUCUCUGGAUACAACUAGCGUUGGCAAUGUUUAACGAUACGAUUAUGCCAACUAGCAUAUUCGUAGAAGCAACAGCUGCAGCAUCGACAGCGUCAACAGCAUCAGCAGCAAUGGCAACAAAAGCAUGGGUAGUUUUCCCGAAAGCCAAUGUGUCUACACUGUAUCGUAGCGCUAUAGGUGCGAUCCGCUUCACUGUAAUAUUUUAUUUAUUUGAUCGAACUUGCCUAGGCUGUGCGAAGAGCUGUCCUUUGAUUUUGUAGAAAUAAAUUAUGGCUCUUGUAGCACUCUUUUCAUUCACUGCUCUUCUCGCGUCCAUCCAGUACGGAUACUGUGCUUUCGGCUGGUAUAACCUACAGGCUGCCUAUCCUGCUACCGCGCGGAGAAUGUGUGGGUGUGUGAAUAUGUGUCCCCUUUCCGGGGUGGAGUGAAGUGCCCCGUCCACUUUCCGGGGUGGGGUGCAAUGCCCCAUCCACAAUCUAACCAUUUCUUACACUAGGAAUUGACAAGUAAUCGUUCUAAUCUGCCUCAAGCCAUCGGCCUCAAGUGACAGACUGCAGCUGUCUUUGUUGUAUGGCUGUCGUAUGGCUUUCUCUGGCUGCUGGAGAUGUUUCUGAUACGCUUUUUACAGCUGCACGCACUCACUUCUAAGAGCAUCGUGUGACACCAAUGACGGUCUUCGAGUCACAAUAGGUUUUAAGUUUUAACGUUAAUUAAUGAUUUUAAAUUUCUAAUCGUGCUUUUCCCUUCAUAGGGGUAAUCUCCGCACAUGCAUUGUUGCCUAGAGACUGCCUAUCGACAUAGGC